AUGAGUUUAAAAGGAAAAACACGAACUUAAUGGCCCCCAAUCUUCAAAAAUUUCUUUCCUCAACCCUCAAAUAGUCUCAUUCAAGAUUUAACAAGUUUGGGGGGAGAUGGGGGGAAGAACAAUGGUGAUGAUGGUCAUCCUUGUGAUGGCAUGUGCUUCUUUCGGUUCCGGGUCCACCGAUCAGCACCGGAAAUGGACAUGGAUUUCAUCAGGUUCUGAUGGAUCAUCCUCGCCCUCGUCCUCGUCCUCAUCACCAUCGGUUUACACUCAAGCAGGACCGUCUUCAAUUGUUCUGCCGCUCUAUGGCAACGUUUACCCCAAGGGAUUUUAUUUUGUCCAAGUGGAUGUUGGGCACCCUUCAAAGCCUUAUUUUCUUGAUCCGGAUACAGGAAGUGACCUUACUUGGCUUCAAUGCGAUGCUCCCUGUGUCCAUUGUACAAGGGCACAUCACCCUUUCUACAAGCCCAACAAUGACCUUGUGAUUUGCAAGGACCCCCUUUGUGCCUCUCUGCAUCCAGCUAAUUAUAAAUGUGACACUCUAGAGCAAUGUGAUUAUGAGGUCGAGUAUGCUGAUGGCGGUUCAUCUCUCGGUGUCUUGCUCAAUGAUGUCUUUUCUCUUAAUCUUACCAGUGGGGUCGCGGUUAAACCUCAUCUGGCUCUCGGGUGCGGAUAUGAUCAGAUACACGGUCCAUCUCACCACCCUUCAGACGGGGUACUUGGCCUUGGAAAAGGAAAAACCAGCAUUCUAUCUCAGCUAAAGAACCUUGGUCUGGUGAGAAACGUGGUCGGCCACUGCUUGAGUUCACGAGGUGGAGGGUAUCUCUUCCUUGGGGAUGAUGUUUAUGACGCUUCUCGUGUCACUUGGACACCAAUGUCACAUGAUAUCACGAAUCACUAUGCUCCAGGGCUUGCAGAACUACUUUUUGGCAGUAAAACUACCGGAGUAAAGAAUCUACAUGUGGUGUUUGACAGCGGGAGCUCUUUUAGCUAUUUAAAUACGCAACCGUAUGAAGCUUUACUUUAUUCACUGGAGAAAGAACUGAGAGGUAAGCCCCUAAAAGAAGCAGAUGAUGACCCAACUCUACCCUUAUGCUGGAAGGGAAGGAAGCCUUUCAUGAGCAUCAACGAAGUCAAGAAAUACUUCAAGUCCUUCUCACUCAGCUUUGCCGGUGGAUGGAAAUCCAAAACUCUGUUUGAGAUCCCCCCUGAGUCAUAUCUUAUCAUCUCAUCAAAGGGCAGUGUAUGCAUGGGAGUUCUGAAUGGCACUGAAGCAGGACUGCAAAAUUUCAACAUAAUAGGAGAUGUGUCUAUGCAAGACAAAAUGGUGAUUUUUGACAAUGAGAAGAGUGCAAUAGGCUGGACUCGUGCAAACUGCGAUCGCCCCCCAGUGUCCAACAUUGUUUUCAUCUAAAUUCGGAGGAGUUUUAAUCUUCUCAUUUGUAAUAAUAGCUAUUGGAAAAUGGUCAAAUAAGAUCUCCAGCUAUUUGAUUUAAUGCCAUUGAGACCUCCAAAUUAUAAACCUUCGAUGACAAAAUGAACUAAUCAACUAAAAAUCAUGCAAUCGAUUUUUACCUUUUGGCAUCCCGUAGCCCUUUCCAAACUUAUAAUCCAGAAAUUAAUCCACAUAACAGAAAUUACGUUAUUUUUGAAAGUAACAGAAAUGAAGUUAAUACAUGGAGGAAUUACGUUAUUCUGCCAUAUGAAUAGCAGAAUGUAUGCGGACAUGAAUGGAAGCUAUGAUGUAUGGGAUCGGAAUGAUGAGUGGCGACUGCAAUUCGUUGGCUCAAAGGAAAGAGUGUUCUGAGCCAGAUCAUAUGUCACCAUCAUAUUCUGCUGUACAAAGUUCCCCAAAACCCCCGGUGAUGACCCUCCACCUCCAGCGUCGCCGAUUGCCAAACAAGUGACAUUGACCAAACGACCGUCCACCUCAUCCUCUUCUAUUAUGAACACAUUGCCUUGCGGGAGGCUCAGAUUUGAGGCGGCGGCGCCGUGGGUGCCCUGCAAAUGGAGCGUCAGCCUCGGGAAGCUGAUCUCAUUGCUCGGCAGCGUGAAACAAGGUAGAUCUGAACUAGAGUCCGAAGAAAGCUUCAGCUGCUUCUCCACCUCACCGACGACCGCCUUGAAGGCUGCCGUCGGAAGGUAAGUGAGGCUGGUGCCGGUGUCGACAAUCAUCCCUCCACUCCCGUUCCGAUUCAGCUGGAACGCCUCCUUGGGCACUGAUUCCAGCCGUGUCUCGCCCACCGAGAUUCCUUCAACGGAAACAUAGUAAUACUGCGAUUUGGCCGAGUCAUUCGUUGACGGAUUUCUUACCAAUGGGGUCAUGGUGACGUGCUCUCCCCCGCCUGCGGAGGAUGAUGCCCCUCCUAGACUAAGCGUGCCGGUUGAAUUGCUUCCCAGGCCCGGCAAGCAGUAGGAGAAUUGGGAGACGUUGAGCUGGGAGACCAAGGACAGCGGCCCGCGGCUGAGACCAACCAAACCCGAGUUGUGGUUGAACCCUAUCCCGCCGCUAUUGUUUUGGCCGCAGAGGAAGGUGAUGUUUGGGAAAGAAACGUGGUCUCGAAAUGUCAAAGUCUCUGAGGCGGCGUAGCCUUCGACCGUCGACCCAUCGCCGUACUUGAUGCGGCGGGAGCAGCUGCCGCCGGUGUCAUUCCUGAGCCGGCAGGCGUGGAAAGAAGUGGAUUUCUCGGGGUUGAAGAUGGGAGUGUCUUGAGGAUAACAGUGGACACAUGGCUGGCACUGAGUCCACAUCAAUUCACUGCCCGUGUCCAUGAGAGACCUCAAUUUCACCGGCGGAGUCCCGAUGUGUAGGUCCAUCAAGAACCCCGCGUUUUCAGGCGCGGGAAGUACCGGGGACAUCGCCACCUUCCCCUCGCGCUCCGGCAGCGAUGCCGCAGCAGUAGCAGCCCAGGCGCCGAACCUCUCGGCGUCGCGCUUUAUGCCGAUUCGCAAUUGCUCCAGCCUGGACCAAUUUUCGCCGGCACUGACGCCGUGAUGUCUGCUCAGACUCAUCCGAACCCCCACAGGCGACGCGGAAUUCAGCGUCAAGCUUGAAACCCAAAAAGUGAUGAUCACCGUCGCCCAAACCUUCAAAGGAAACCAGCCACCCAUUCUAUUAUAUUCUCGCCGGCCGGCCGGCCCUCUCUCUCGGUUAUUGUACUUCGGUUCUUUGUGGAUGGUGAGUAUCAAACACCUUAUUGAUUCCGCCCCUUAUGUAGCCCAAUGGCC